UUCUUUUGCAAAUGGUAUUGAACAAUUGGUGCAUGCUAUUGUUAAUGAUUUGGAAGCUAGAGAAAAUGUAACUAUAAAGACGUCACAUCAUGUAAAAGAACUGAAAUUUGGUAAGGAUAUUGAGGUCUAUACAAAUGAUAGGUCAUUUAAUGCCGAUCAUAUUAUUAGCACCAUUCCAUCACACGAGUUAGCAAAUCUUCUUCCCGAACUUCCAUAUCUAACACAUAAUCCUUCAGUAACAGUUGCAGUUGUAAACAUUGCAUAUGGCCGGCCAAAUUUACUGCCAGUCAAAGGAUUUGGAUAUUUAGUUCCACGCAUAACACCAAACAAUCCGUAUCAUGUCCUUGGUGUAGUAUUCGAUUCUGAUGCCAUGCCUCAUCAAGAUUAUAAACAAGAUAAGUACACAAAACUUACAGUCAUGAUGGGUGGUCAUUAUUAUAAUGAUCUUUCAGAAAAUGAUUAUCCAAGUAAAGAUGAACUAUUAAGUCAAGCAAUUGAAACAAUAGAAAAACACUUAGGAGUAUAUUCAACUCCAUUACAAUGCAUGGCACAAAUUCAUAGGAAAUGUAUACCACAAUAUUAUGUUGGACAUUAUUCCAGAAUGAGAAAAUUACAUUAUGCGAUUAAGAAAAAAUAUGGGAAAAGAUUGAGUGUUGGAGGUGCGAGUUAUUUUGGUGUUAGCAUUAAUGAUUGUAUUGCUAAUUCUGCAAGGUUGGCACUCGAUUUGCUUGGAAAUGAUGAUGAAAGAGUAAUUAUUACUGGAUUAGAAAGAGUUGAA